AUGUCUCGAGAAAUUGACUCUUCAGAUGAUAAGAAUAUAGACCUUCCGACACAAACAGUGGCCCAAAUUAAUCUCCCUGUUGAAGUUGAAUCAUUUCCUGAUGCUUCACUCAAUCCAGAGUCAUCCAUGGAUGUAAAACGACUUUUUUUGUUAGAUGCUUCCGAGUAUAACCGGAAGAAAGGCAAUGUCCAUCAGGCUGCAAAAAUAUACACUUCCUAUCAAGCUGAUCAGUUAUCUUUUUAUGAAAGCUGUCCCUAUGAUAAGGUUGAAGAUUUAAUUAGCGAUGCGAUCAGAGCGAAAGAAGACAAUAGACUUAAUCGUGGCAUUAAAUCUUUAAAUAUUGCUUUACAGCUGCCAUCUAACUGGAGACGAAAAACCAAAAUGCUUAAACUGCGUGGGGAAUGUUAUUUAUCCAGGGGCGAUUUCCGAACCGCUACAAUUAAUUUCAAUGAAGACGCUGCCAUUUAUUCCAGCAAGACAAUGGAAAAUUGUGAUGAUCUGUGUGAAUAUUCAGAAGUGUUGAUUGGUUUAAUAAAAAGCGAGAUGCUGUGCCAGUUUGUAGCGGGUGCAUGGCUGAAAUGUCAAGAGGCGAUAAAACUGGUGUCUAAUCAUGAAACAUGGAGAAUCGAUACAUCUGCAAGCGAUGGAGUUGCUUUACCUUGGAGCAAAAUGCCUGGACAUUUUGUCAGAAAGUGCAGAAAGUAAAGCUAAGAUGCUUACCCAAGCUUGCUCUUUGUGUCAACAAGCUAUUAUCCUUAAUCAAACAAAGAACGCCAGUGAGCUGGUAGAAAAACGUGGAAGCUUGAAAGGUGAAGAAUUUUUUACCUUGUACAUUAAAGUGCGACUAUUGUUGCCGGCCGUUCUCCUUAAGUUACGUCUUAAAAAAGAAGCAGAAAAAAAUUUGAAAGACAUGGAGGAAUUUUGAAAAAUGCUGUCGUCAGGUUUAAAUUUCUUUGUGCGAAAUCUAAGACUGGAGGCGGGCCUGAAUCUUCAAGAACAUCUCGUCGCCUAGUUUCGUGGACUGGUCGAGUGUUUCUAACCGAGAUUCUAACCGAGACCUUCAGCAAUGAGAACAUUCCUGAUUCUUACUACAAAAUACCUGAGUAUGUUAUGUAUAGAAAGGACAGAAAAGGAAAGGUUGGUGGUGGAAUUAUGAUAUAUGUAAAUAAGAGCGUCGAAGCAAAGCGCAGAAUGGAUCUGGAAUCAAAAGAUAUUGAAUCUAUAUGGAUUGAAAUUUGUCCGCACAAAUCUAAGCGACCAUUGCUAGUAUCUGGUGUUUACCGUCCACCGUCUGCCAAAAAAGAAUAUAACAUAAUUUUGGGAAAGAAUAUCGAGAAUGCAUAUUUGGAAAAUAAGGAACUGGUAAUCUUGGGUGAUUUUAAUAUUGAUUACUUAAAUCCAGAUUCCUUUUUAAAAC